AUGUCCAGGCUAAUGGCCGCCAUGCUGCUCGGGGGCGCGCGCGUCGCCGGCGCCGCCAAGCUCACUGGCAACACUGCCAUCAAGCAGGCUCUCCCCACGCCGGCGUGCUUCCUUCCUCUGCGCCCGCAGCCGGCGAGCUGGACCCGCCUCUGCUUGCAGGCUGCGCCAAGAUCGUCCCAGGCGUACGACAACGCGCCGGAGGACCGGAGGGAGAUCAGGGACAAGUACAAGGACGCGGCGGAGAAGGCGAAGGACGCCACCGGCGAUGCCAAGGAGCACGCCAAGAGGAUGGCCGGGGAGGCGAAGGACAAGGCCGGCCGCAUGGCGGAACAGGCGUCGGACACUGCGGAGAGGGCCAAGGAGCAGACGAAGGGCAUGGCGGAGGGCGCCGCGGAGACGGCGUCCCGGGCGGCGGAGAGGGCGAAGCACGAGACGCGUGACGCGGCGCGGGAGGCCGCGGACAGGGCGGGGCACGUGAAGGAGCGUGCCAAGGAGAUGGGGCACGAGGCCGCGGACACGGCGUCCCGGGCGACGGAGAAGGCGAAGCAGGAGGCGCGUGACGCGGCGCGGGAGGCCGCGGACAGGGCGGGGCACGUGAAGGAGCGGGCCAAGGAGGUGGGGCACGAGGCCGCGGGCCGGGCGCAGGAGACGGCGAGGGCAGCCAAGGACCGCACGGGUGAGGCGGCGGAGCGGGCCGUGGAGGGCACCGUGUCGGCCGGGGAGAAAGUGGUGGAGAUGACCAAGGAGGGUGCCGGGAAGGUGGCCGAGACGGCGCAGACGAUCGGGGCCAUGGCGAAGCAGGAGGCGCGGAGGACCUGGGACUCGGCCAAGGAGGCCGCGCACAGCGUCAAGGACAGCGUGGUCCCUGACGAGGAGGACGUGGACGCCGUCAUGAAGGAGCGGGACCGGAUCGCGCGGGAGCGGAACAAGAGGGAGGCCAGGGAGAAGGGCUCAGGCUUGCCGUAG